CUUUCAGAGCUGCUGAAUGUGAAAGGCUCUGUUGGAAAACAGCCUUGCUCCAACUUUUUUUUUUUUCCAAGUCCCUUCCUAGAUAGUCGAGUUACAGGCUGGUUUGUUUAGGGGGGUGUUGGAUGGUAGCCUAAUGAAGGUAUCAACCUGCAAAAUAAAUCUAAGCCCCUUUGCUGGAAUUCUGCAUGGGCAGCACGGUAGAGAAGUGCUUUGGCCGGGGAACAUUGCAAGCUGGGAUGACAGCAGCUCUGUCAGCAGUGGGAUCAGUGACACCAUAGAUAACCUCAGUACCGAUGACAUUAACACCAGCUCCUCUAUCAGCUCCUAUGCCAACACACCUGCCUCCUCCCGCAAAAACUUAGAGGCACAGACCGACGCAGAGAAGCAUUCCCAGGUUGAACGGAAUUCCUUAUGGUCCGGUGAUGAAGUCAAGAAAUCAGACGGAGGAUCUGAUAGCGGCAUAAAAAUGGAGCCAGGAUCUAAAUGGAGGCGGAAUCCCUCUGAUGUGUCAGAUGAAUCUGAUAAAAGCACUUCUGGUAGGAAGAACACUGUUAUUUCACAGACGGGCUCCUGGCGGCGGGGCAUGUCGGCUCAGGUUGGCAUUACCACACCAAGGACUAAACCUUCAACCACCUCAGGCACGUUAAAGACACCUGGAACAGGGAAUGACGCCAAGGUAUCAGAAAAGGGUAGACUAUCUCCUAAGGCUGGACAUGUUAAACGUUCCCCAUCAGAUGCAGGACGCAGCAGUGGUGAUGAAUCCAAAAAGCUUCCCACAAGUAACUCUAGAACAGCUGCUGCUAAUGCUAAUACAUUUGGAUUUAAGAAACAGAGCGGGUCAGCCAUAGGCAUGACUAUAAUCACUGCCAGUGGGGCAACUAUCACCAGUAGAUCGGCUACCCUGGGAAAAAUCCCAAAGUCAUCUGGACUCAUGGGUAGAACCACUGGUCGGAAGACUAGUGUUGAUGGCUCACAGAACCAGGAUGAUGGCUACUUAGCACUUAGUGCUCGAACUAAUCUUCAGUAUCGUAGUUUACCCCGGCCCAGUAAAUCCAGUAGCAGAAGUGGAGCUGGCAAUAGAUCUAGCACAAGUAGCAUAGACUCCAACAUAAGCAGCAAGUCAGCCGGGUUGCCUGUCCCUAAGAUGAGAGAGCCUGCCAAGGUCAUCCUUGGAAACUCUCUGCCAGGAUUAGUCAAUCAGACUGAUAAAGAGAAAGGGAUUUCGUCCGACAACGAAAGCGUGGCCUCAUGUAAUUCUGUUAAAGUGAACCCUGCGUCACAGACGGCUUCUAGUGGAGCUCAGAGUUCUCACCAGCAAGGAGCCAAGUACCCCGAUGUGGCCUCUCCCACUUUGCGCAGACUUUUCGGUGGCAAGCCUAGUAAGCAAGUUCCCAUCACAACAGCUGAAAAUAUGAAAAAUUCAGUAGUCAUCUCCAAUCCUCAUGCUACUAUGAACCAGCAGAGUAGUCUGGAUUCACCCUCUGGCAGUGGUAUGCUGAGCAGUGGGGGCAGCAGUCCUCUGUAUGGUAAAAACACAGAUAUGAACCAGUCUCCGCUAGCUUCUAGUCCCAGUUCGGCGCAUUCAGCUCCUUCCAACAGCUUAACGUGGGGUACCAACGCAAGUAGCUCUUCGGCUGUUAGCAAGGAUGGCAUUGGAUAUCAGUCUGUGAGCAGCCUUCACACCAGCUGUGAAUCCAUUGAUAUCUCUCUGAGCAGUGGAGGUGGGCUGAGCCAUAACUCCUCCAGUGGCUUGAUUCCAACCUCAAAAGAUGAUUCUCUGACUCCCUUUGUCCGAACCAACAGUGUUAAAACUACGUUGUCUGAAAGCGACCCACAUCUUGAUAGGAACACUUUGCCUAAGAAGGGACUCAGGUAUACUCCAUCCUCCCAGCUCCGUAAUCAAGAAGAUGCAAAAGAAUGGCUACGGUCCCAUUCAGCAGAGGAUACUGCUGCCAAUUCUCCAUUUUCAUCUGGAUCCAGCAUAACAUCACCCUCCGGAACGAGAUUUAACUUCUCGCAGCUUGCAAGCCCAACCACUGCAGCCCAGAUGAGCCUGUCAAACCCAACCAUGCUCCGGACCCACAGCCUUUCCAACGCGGACGGCCCUUACGACCCCUAUAGCGAUACGCGCUUCAGGAACAGCUCCAUGUCCCUGGAUGAGAAGAGCAGAACAAUGAGCCGGUCUGGCUCGUUCCGCGAUGGCUUUGAAGAAGUGCAUGGUUCUUCUCUCUCUUUGGUGUCCAGUACGUCAUCUAUUUAUUCAACACCUGAAGAGAAGUGCCAAUCAGAGAUUCGCAAGCUACGAAGAGAGUUGGAUGCAUCCCAAGAAAAAGUGUCGGCUCUGACAACUCAGUUGACUGCCAAUGCUCACCUGGUGGCAGCAUUUGAGCAGAGCCUGGGGAACAUGACGAUCAGACUGCAGAGUUUGACGAUGACAGCAGAACAAAAGGACUCAGAACUGAACGAGCUAAGGAAGACGAUUGAACUACUGAAGAAGCAAAACGCUGCUGCCCAGGCUGCCAUCAAUGGAGUCAUCAACACACCUGAGCUCAACUGCAAAGGACCUGGAGCUGCUCAGCCCACAGACCUGCGGAUCCGCAGGCAGCACUCUUCGGAUAGCGUCUCCAGUAUUAACAGUGCUACCAGUCACUCCAGUGUGGGAAGCAACAUCGAGAGUGAUUCUAAGAAAAAGAAAAGGAAGAACUGGUUACGCAGCUCCUUCAAGCAAGCUUUUGGUAAAAAGAAAUCUCCCAAGUCAGCAUCUUCUCACUCAGAUAUUGAAGAGAUGACUGAUUCUUCGUUACCUUCUUCACCAAAGCUACCACACCAUAACUCCACUGUUUCAACACCAUUGCUGAGAGCUUCCCAUUCCAAUUCUCUUAUUUCUGAAUGCACUGACAGUGAAGCUGAAACCGUCAUGCAGUUACGCAACGAGCUGAGAGACAAGGAGAUGAAGCUGACUGAUAUUCGCCUAGAAGCCCUGAGCUCCGCGCAUCAGCUUGACCAGCUUCGGGAGGCAAUGAACAGAAUGCAGAGUGAGAUUGAAAAAUUGAAAGCAGAAAAUGACCGACUGAAAUCUGAAAACCAUGGCAGCUGUAGCAGGGCUCAGUCUCAGGUUUCCAUUUCAUCGUCUCCAAGACACUCAGUGGGUGUCUCUCAACACAGCUUGAACCUCACGGAGUCAACCAGUCUCGACAUGCUGUUGGAUGACACUGGAGAUGGCUCAGCCCGGAAGGAAGGAGGCAGACACGUCAAAAUAGUUGUCAACUUUCAGGAUGAAAUGAAGUGGAAGGAGGAUUCAAGGCCUCGCACCUUCCUCAUAGGCUGCAUUGGAGUCAGCGGCAAGACCAAAUGGGAUGUUCUGGAUGGAGUUGUAAGACGCUUGUUUAAGGAAUAUAUCAUCCAUGUGGAUCCCGUGAGCCAGCUGGGGCUCAACUCAGACAGUGUUCUGGGCUACAGCAUUGGAGAAAUCAAACGCACUAAUAGUGCAGAGACCCCCGAGCUGUUGCCCUGUGGCUAUCUAGUUGGAGAAAACAACACUAUUUCAGUUACCAUCAAAGGUAUCCAUGAGAACAGUUUGGACGGUCUGGUGUUUGAAUCGCUGAUCCCGAAGCCUAUCCUGCAGCGUUAUGUCUCUCUCCUGAUGGAACACAGGCGGAUUAUCUUAUCUGGGCCCAGUGGCACUGGUAAAACGUACCUUGCAAACCGUCUCUCCGAGUAUAUGGUCCUUAAAGAGGGCAGGGAGCUGGCCGAUGGCAUUAUUGCAACAUUCAACGUGGACCAUAAAUCCAGUAAGGAACUCCGCCAAUACCUAUCCAACUUGGCAGACCAGUGUAACAGUGAAAAUAACGCUGUGGAUAUGCCUCUUGUAAUCAUUUUGGAUAAUUUGCAUCAUGUUAGCUCCCUAGGAGAGAUCUUCAAUGGACUUCUGAACUGCAAGUACCACAAAUGCCCAUAUAUCAUUGGCACAAUGAACCAAGCCACCUCCUCAACACCUAAUCUUCAACUUCACCAUAAUUUCAGGUGGGUGCUGUGUGCUAACCACACUGAGCCUGUCAAAGGCUUCCUGGGCCGUUUCUUGAGAAGAAAACUGAUUGAAACAGAGAUCAGCAGCAGGAUGAGAAAUGCAGAGCUCGUUAAAAUUAUUGAUUGGAUUCCCAAGGUCUGGCAACAUCUGAACAAAUUCUUGGAGGCUCACAGCUCUUCUGAUGUUACUAUUGGUCCACGGCUCUUCCUCUCCUGUCCGAUAGAUGUAGAUGGUUCUAGAGUUUGGUUUACUGACUUGUGGAACUACUCCAUCAUCCCGUAUCUUCUGGAGGCAGUUAGAGAAGGGCUACAGUUGUACGGGAGGAGAGCACCCUGGGAGGAUCCUGCCAAAUGGGUCAUGGACACCUACCCCUGGGCAGCUACCCCACAGCACCACGAGUGGCCUCCUCUGCUCCAGCUGCGCCCUGAAGACGUGGGCUUUGACGGCUACUCUGUGUCACGGGAAGGCUCGACCAGCAAACAGGUUCCAGUGAGCGAUGCUGAAGGAGAUCCUUUGAUGAACAUGCUGAUGAGACUGCAAGAAGCCGCCAACUACUCAAGUCCCCAGAGUUACGACAGUGACUCUAACAGCAACAGCCAUCACGAUGACAUCCUCGACUCGUCUCUGGAGUCGACGUUGUGAUCGUUCUCAGAUAGAAACAGGUUGUUUCCAUUAUUGUUCUCCCACUUUGCAAGAACCCUGCUCGCAGACUCAUGACAAAGAUGGCGUUCCUGGGCUGGGAUCUCGGUUUUAGAGCUGCAAGAACAAGAAGACACUUGGAGUCAGUCUUGAACCUGGGUGCAGGCAACCCAAGCAACCUUUGUAUUGUUUUUCUUUUUGACAAUGAUGAGAACCGCACUAUUCUUUUGUUUUCCUCUGUUUAGUUGCUGUAAGCUCUCAUGCCUAAGAUACUGAAGAUAUUAAAAAUAAUCAUUGUUAUUAAAAGUUGAAGGGGCAAGGGAGGAACUUCACAGCUAUGAAGCAAACAGCUUUGUGCCAUGUACUGUCAGGAAGGAGAGGGGAGAGGAGGUUUUUGCCUAUGCUGCUUCUGACCAAACACAUUUAGGUGAGGGCUGGACUUUUACCGAUCAGCUUUGUGGAUUAAACUCAGCUUCAUAUAGUUCUGGUGCUAUAACAAUAUCGCUUGCCUUGGUAAUAAUACUCAAUAAAGGCAAAGCUGCAAAACAGGGAAGCUUGGAUAAAUAUUAAAAAAG